GGCGACCAUGUUGAUUUAAAGGAAUAAGAAACACAAUAGAGGCGAUUAAUUUCAAGUAAAAUUCAAUAAUUGAAGCGAAUUGUGAAGAAAGUGGCUGAUAAACCGCAUACUGAGUAUACCUUGUAAAAUAGCAGAGAAGCUAAGGUGACAAGGUUUGAGUUGUUGGCUGACUUAGUGGAGGCAGAGAGUUUCUCAAGGACACACUUGCACAGCACACACCGACCUGAAGACCUGUGGUGUCAGGGGAGAGGGGGUCAAACACCAGGAGGAGAAAGGAAACGCACACUGAGGACUCAAAGGGGUGGAAAGCUUUUCAGCUUUGGACUGUAUAACCCCCUUGUAUGAUUACCGAUUUCAGGAUCAAGUUUUUUUUUUCUUGUGUGGAUCGACAAAUAUCUGCACAGUGGAAGUAAGCAGAGAGCAUUACAAACUAUAUGAUUUUUUGGGGGAAAACCUGUACAAAGUUGGACAUCCUAUUUCUACAAGGACAAGGAUAUUGAGCAACUCUUAUGGACUCGAAGUGAAAACAGGAAAUAUUGUUCAAUUUAGAAACAGAAGUUUGAUUAUUGAUAUAAGAUUAUUUUGAAGAAACUGUUCCCCAAGUUCAGAUUGCCUUAGUUGUUCUAUUUCAGGACUUAACCGCUUUGAUACUUGGUCACAUAUAAUUUUCUAUACUGUGAGCAAGUAUAUUCAUGCAUAUGAAUGCAAAUUUCUCUUCAUUUUGAAGAGCUCUUGUGUAAAAACAUUAUUUUUUUUGUUGUUCCUGUACGUCAGUCACUCUGUUGUUGAAGGGGACCGAACUGCACGUACAUGUGUAUAUGUAAAUACUAUCAAUUGACUCCUGUUGUGAAAGCUUUGGACUUAAAAAGAAUAGAGAAUAUUGUUUGUUAAUGCUUAUUAAACUUUUUUACUUUUGAAGAGAAUUUUUAAAAAGAAAAACCUAAGAGGCAAAAAUCUAAGACUUUAAGGACAAAAAAAAGAAAAGAAAAGAAAGGAAAAAAUGGCAACGGCCAGAACAGAAAAUGUUGGCCCAGUCGUCAUGGGACUGAACAAGCAGAACGGGCAGCUCAAAGGACAGACCAAACCAGCUCCAGUCCAGCCAGCACCCACAGCUACAGGAAAGGCUUUGGGUGUGCCGCAGAUAGCAGGUGCUGCCCCUCAGGAUGGAGGAGGCAUCAAGUUUGGCGAUGACUGGAAAAAGAGCCUAAAGCUCCCCCCCAAAGACAACAGGGUCAAAACCUCAGAUGUGACGUCCACUAAGGGAAAUGAAUUUGAAGAUUACUGUCUCAAAAGAGAACUCCUGAUGGGAAUCUUUGAGAUGGGUUGGGAAAAACCUUCCCCUAUUCAAGAGGAAAGUAUUCCCAUCGCCCUGUCUGGACGGGACAUCUUGGCUCGGGCCAAGAAUGGAACAGGGAAAAGUGGCGCCUAUCUCAUCCCGCUGCUGGAGAGAAUAGACCUGAAAAAAGACCACAUACAGGCACUUGUCUUGGUGCCCACCCGUGAGCUGGCCCUGCAGGUCAGCCAGAUCUCCAUCCAGAUCAGCAAACACCUGGGAGGAGUCAAAGUCAUGGCAACCACAGGGGGCACCAACCUGCGAGAUGACAUCAUGCGUCUUGACGAGACCGUGCAUGUUGUCAUCGCCACACCUGGUAGGAUCCUGGACCUGAUUAAAAAGGGAGUUGCAAAGGUGGACAGAGUCCAGAUGAUGGUGAUGGAUGAGGCCGAUAAGCUGCUCUCUCAGGACUUUGUGGUGCUUGUCGAGGAUAUCAUCAGCUUUCUGGCCAAAAACAGGCAAAUCCUGCUCUACUCUGCAACCUUCCCCAUCAGCGUGCAGAAGUUCAUGGCUAAGCACCUUCAGAAGCCCUAUGAGAUAAACCUGAUGGAGGAGCUGACUCUGAAGGGCAUUACUCAGUACUACGCCUACGUCACAGAGAGGCAGAAAGUCCACUGCCUCAACACACUUUUCUCCAGGCUUCAGAUCAACCAGUCUAUUAUCUUCUGUAACUCCACUCAGAGGGUCGAGCUCUUGGCCAAGAAGAUCACUCAGCUGGGCUACUCCUGCUUCUACAUCCACGCCAAGAUGAUGCAGGAAUACAGAAACCGUGUGUUCCAUGACUUUAGAAAUGGGCUGUGCAGAAACCUGGUCUGCACUGAUCUUUUCACCAGAGGUAUUGACAUCCAGGCUGUCAAUGUUGUCAUCAACUUUGACUUCCCUAAGAAUGCUGAGACUUACCUCCAUCGUAUUGGAAGAUCAGGGAGGUUCGGCCACCUUGGUUUAGCCAUCAACCUGAUCACAUCAGAGGACCGCUUUAACCUGAAGGCCAUCGAGGACCAGCUGGUGACCGACAUCAAGCCCAUUCCGGGCAACAUCGAUAAGAGCCUCUACGUGGCCGAGUACCACUCGUCCGGCGCCGACUGUGACGUGGAGGAGGUGGAGGAAAAACCAGGACGCCAACAGGACAGCACCUAAACUAGGACUUUGGGACACACCGGGCUUUUGCACAGACAUCAGCGCUUGCACGCAGGCUUCAGGCAACUCUUCAGUUCCACAUUUCUCACUCAUUUUCAGAGCCUGUUAAAUGGAUGUAAAGGCUGCUUUUUUAUUUCAAACAUUUCCAUGAGCUAAUCCUCAAAAGGAGCUGCCUCUCUCGGUUUUGUUCAAAUUCAGAAAGUUAAACUUGAUUGUUUUGCACCCAACACAGAAAGGACCAAGCAUCCUGCUCCUGAGCUUAGUGUAUCUUAGUUAGACAGCAGUGUAACAUGUAUCAGAGCUGAUUUGAAGGUGUCCUCUUUGGAGGCAAUUUGUCUUUUCCAGCCGAGUGAUUGAGCUUUUUUUUUUUUUUUUUUUUUAAUGUUACAAUGGUGCACCUCCACCAGCCACCAUCCUGUCCACGUACACUGUUGUCGCCACUUAAGUGCCUUACUUACUCCCAUGUGCACUCAUCCAUCCAUCGCCUGCUGUCGUCUGUCAUGCAGCAGAGAACGAGCACAAAUUAUACGAAUUUAAUAGAAACCUGACUUUAUUUAAACACGUUAUGCAAAGGGAAUCCGCUCUCUCUUGUUGAGAUGUGCAGAAACACGGCUCGAAAUCCUUAAAAACCAUCCUGAAUGUGAACGUCGCAAUAAAAAAAGGGCAGCUUUAUUUAAAUACUGCGUGACUGUUUUUCCCUUUCACUAUGAAUAAAACAUGAGCAGAGUUAAUACAAACUGAAACACAAGCCCCUCUUCCUGCUCCCUUCAUUCUGAUUCAUGGAUGUUAGCCUGCAAACAGCCUCAUUUAGGCCGUCUUGCCUGCAGAUCGCUGCUGUCUGGAGGUUGUUUUACAUUAAAGAAAAAAUCACACUUGGCUGGUGAAAACUUUAAAAUGAUUGACUGCUGAAGCUGGAAGAUGAAAAGUUAGUUUCCUCUCCUGCACGCUGCAGGAGUAAUGCAUUAAAGGCGUCUUCAGAGCAGCUUUGGUAGAGAUGAUACACAUGCGUUUUUAGUAGGUAUAAGAGUUAAAUGUUCUUUGUCAUCGGUGCAAAACAAUAGUUUGAUUUUCUUUCUUUUCCUUUACAUUCAGUUGUUUUGUGGAAGUGCAAAGUAAUUCAUCACAGGAGCAAAAGUCUUUAGUUUCACACCCCAUCAUGACAAAACUGAAGUUGCUGAAUGUAUUAGAUGCCAUUGUGUUCUCUCUAAAGCCCAGUGGUUGAAAGCCAAGCUCUCACUAGUUUGUAUCGCUGCUGCUGCGUUUAAACUCCUCGUCAGACUUUAGUCAUUUAAUGAUUACAUGGUUUCAUGGACCACAAGAUAAUGGCACCCAGUCGACAAAAGGACCACAUUAUUAACACAUGACGUUUUCAUGCAGCAGCAGCGAUACCUUUAUGUUGUUUUUUUUCUGGGCACAGCUUUUUUUUUUCUUUUUUUAAUCUAACCAAUGUGAGGUUUAUCUUUUCUUGUAAGGGGUGGGCUCUGUGUUUGAAAGCAAAAAUUGUAGCAUCUUUGAACAGGCAGCUGUGAUUUCUUUAUUUUGUCCUCCCCUUACAGAGCGAUACAAAAAAAAAGACAUAAAAAAGAAAGUAUUUUUGCUUUUUAAGAUUUAUUUUUUUGUCAUUGGUUAAAAUUGGGGGGGGGGCUGUGAGGCUUUAGCACUGGGAAACUUGCGGAGAUUUAUUCGGGGUGGGUUUGCAGAAGCGGUGUGUUUCACCUGAUCCACUCUUUGAAUCUUUCCUUCUCUCUGGUACUUAAAAAAGAAAAAGCACUGAUUUCAAGCCUAAACUGCUCUCAGUCCUGUCUGCUUUAUGAUUUAAGUGCCAGAGAGAGCGUCGAGGUAAGCGGGAGUUUGUGGAGAGCAUUGAAGCACUGUGGUCUUCUUCAUGUUUCAUGUUUGUGCGACGGAUGAUCAAAAGUGCUGCGAUUCUUUUUUUUUUCUUUCUUUCUUUUUUUUUUUUUUUUCCCCCCAGACUUAAUCUGGGCAAUCUUUCUACGAGGUUUUCUGAAUCAUUUUGAAGAAACAGAAUUGUAAAUGAUUCAUUGUUUACAGUAGUCGUUUACAAUUAUGAAACAGCAACAAAAAAAAAUAAUUUGCUUCACAGGCGACAGAGGAGGAAUUUUAUUUCCCUUUAUUUUCAUGAAAAAGAUUUUUCAGGAUUUAAACUGAAGCAAAACCAAAAAAGGAGAAUGUACGAGCGUGUGAGAGAGAGGGAGGUGUGUGGGUGUGUGUAAGAGAGAGACAAACAAGCGACUAUUUGAACAAGGUAUGCAUGUUUGAGUGAGAGUAAUGUUUGAAGCUGUGACCGGAUGUUUUGCUGAGAAUCGUUACAUUUACAUGCAGCUACAACUUAAACCUAAUAUGUCAACUUGUAAUUUUUCCUCAAAGUGUCACGAUUACACAAUAGUUUGAGGAAAUUAACGCCCUUAAACAAAUGCAUAUAAUUAGUUUAAUAUUAAUGUUUUAGUUUCAGCCUCUUCCAGACAAAGUCUUUGCACAUCUUUCUUUAAAGUAUAUUUAUUAAUUUUACAAAUCCAAACAAAAUACAGUCCGCCAUAAAUUUUGGAUACAUUUUUUUCCAAAACAUAUCCAGAAUCAACAGGGUAACCUUUCCUCAUUACACAGUUUACAGUUAUUACUAUUGCAUCAAACUUCAACAUUAAAACAAAAAUGCAAAUGAGUAACUAUAAACAAUUAUAAAAUAUUGUUAGAUCAAAAAUCAAGCGAUACAAUGCAUGCAUACAAACAGACAGGCAUGAGGGGGAAAAUAAAAGGGGAAGUCCAAAACAUGUAAAAUGUCUAACCCUUGUUAAAAAUUGGUUGCCAAAUAGUAUAGAAAAGUCAGCAUAUUCUCCUGUAGUGUACCGAAUUUUCUCCAAAGUCAGACGGUGCAUGACUUCUCUGACCCAUGUGAUGCCCAACCCCUCCUGUUAGACCCAUCAAGUUUCUACUUUUCAAGACAAUUGUUAGAAUUAUCAGUUGAAAAUAAAAUGUUUGGUUGUAGUAGUACUUGGAUUAGUAAUGUGGAAAAGAUUAAUCUGUUUAAACCUAAAGCUGCAUAAAAAAAUCACCCUGUAAAAUUUAAGUAUGAUUUAAAACAACCUCUAUAAACGUUAGGGUUUUUUUUUUUUUACUGAAUAGGAUUUCAACAUUUACAAAAAUCUUUUUUUCGAUCUCAAUUGCUUAUAGACAGAAAUAAAA